CUCAUAGCGAUAAAGUGGCACCUAGAAAAGUCAUUUACGAUGUUCUGCAACGAGCGAGGUUUCGCAAAACAAUAAGCGCGUGAUUAUAUUUCCAUAAAAUGACAGGACUACCAAGUACAUAUAAAAACCUGCGCGAACGGCACGGAAUACUUAACGCGAAGAUUCAGGACAUGGGAGGUAAAAAAAAACGGCGAUAACGAAAGAAAUCUGAGAAUAAAAGUUAACAGUUAACUUGGGCGCAUUUUAGGAUUAAAAAAAAGAAAAUUUAUAUGAAACAAGUGCACCGAAUUAGCUAUCACAAAUUGUGGGCUAAAUGGUACCAUAAAUAAUUUCGAAUAAAAAGAUCCGCUCAAGCGGGACAAGAGAUCGAGUCGUUAUCGUGGAUAUCGAUCCCCCCAUUUCCUUGAUGCAGAAGAAAGUCCAUGGUCCGAGAAGGUUAUUAACAGACGCAGAAGACGGAACGCGACCUUGCGAGGAAACGGCUGACUUAUUUUAAUUUUAUUCUCCCAGAAGGAAGUGCAUCGUCUCGAGUUCUCGAGAGAUCGGUCCGCUCCAUAAGCGGAGAAUCCCCUCUCUGGGGAUCGACACGCGUUCUCCGGCGAAGUGCGAUUAGGAGCUGUAAUCAAAAGGCGACUAGUCGUCGUGUUCAUCAGUCCGGUAUAAAUAUCAUAAGACAGCCUCUGGAGAGGUUCAGUCCUAUCCAAGCCACGUCGCCCACUCAACUUUCGUGUAAAACGGUCUACCGAUCGAAUCAUCGAGACCCCAGGAAAAUGGCUUCCGAGUCGAUCACAGUUCGAGGUCGCAGGAUGUCGGCAUCGGAGAAGGCGAAGGAGAUCGAGGAGAUCAACGGAGUCGUUUCCGGAAAGAGUAUCCUGAUUACUGGAGGAGCUUCCGGACUUGGUUUCGCCUUUGUCAAUCACUUCCUCCAUCACAGGGCAUACAUGGUCGCCAUACUGGACACCGACAAAGAGGCAGCGAAACGAGCGAUGAAUUCCGUGGAGAAGUCAUAUGGAGAAGAUAAGGCGAUCUUCAUCCAGGUUGACGUAUCCAACUACGAGAAGAUGAGCGAAGCUUUCGAGGAAGCUUCCAAGGCGAUGGACGGAAUCGACAUCGUGGUGAACAACGCCGGCAUCUUGGACGAGAGAAGAUGGGAACGGGAGAUCGCGGUGAACAUCGGUGGAGCAGUGACAACCGCGAUGCUAGCCAUGGAAUACAUGAGGAAAGAUAAAGCAGGACGUGGUGGAAUUCUGGUAAACGUCUCUCAACACGUGGACUACAGGAGCACCGCCCAACUUCCAGUCUACACAGCGACUAAGCACGCGAUAAUCGGCCUCUCCCUCUCUCUAUCCGCUCCAUUCCACCAGGAGAGAACCAGAGUCCGCGUCCUGACGAUAUGCCCAGGCCUGACGGAAACCGCACUGACGAUAGAGAGCCCCAACAAGCUUCUAUCCCGAGUCAUGAAGGCCGACUUCGUGAAGAACCUGGAACAGUUUUCGAUACAAACGCCGUACAUCGUGGGUCAAGGACUCAUGUCCGUCCUAAGGAUCGGAGAGUCCGGAAGCAUUUGGAUAAUCGAGAGUGGCAAACCUCCCUACGAGGUGUACUUCCCCGAUUGCCGAACCCUUCGACGCCACUACAAGAAUAAUUUCACUGUCGUCGAGGAGGUCAACAAGGUUGCGAGGGGUCGGCCCAUCAGAGAAGAGUGCGACAACACGCGGACGGGCCUCAUGAGCUGUGCGUAACAGUGACUGAAAAGGCCAAAUCUGCCUAAUUGCAUCCUGCUGAGCCUGCAUUGAAAAAACGCGGCUCCGAAGGCGGCGACUCCGCCAGGUCGACCCGAGGGAACAUUCUCUGGAAGUACAUCGCCUCUUCCAUGAUCCAGGACCUCGAAGGAUAGGAUUCACGCUGGUCAAGGAUUGGGAGGCAACAAGAUAUACAUAUGAGAUUCGUCUCCUGGACCAAGAGUAUCCAGACAUCGAAGAUCGAGCACUUUUCGCGAUCCACCGCGAAAAUGUGGAAAUGCGCAUCGAUGAAUCAUGCUAGUGGCUAUUGUCUACGAAGGGCGAUCACCUAUUCACUCACGCCGGGCUGUGUUCCAAGCUUAUCGAUAACGAACAACAAUUCCCAUGACACAGCUUUCGUCAACCUCCCGCCAGAGCGUAGAUAAAUAAAUAUUGAAAGAUAUUUGAA